AUGUCUCCAAUCAAUUGCCACGAAUUGCACCAGCUUUUCAAGAUUCUUGACACGAAUGAAGAUGGCCUAGUGAGCAUCGAGGAGCUUAAAGGGCUUCUCGAUAAAACCGGAGUUCAAAUAAGCUUAGACGAGCUCAAAACCCUAGUUGGUAAUACAGGUCUUGACCUCAUGGACUUUUGGGUGUUUUAUGAUGUUUUUAACAAGCAUAACCCAAUUGAUGGCCAUCAUAGAUCAAAAGAGGUGGAGCAAGAGAUGAUGGAGGGUGAUAUCUUGAAAGCUUUUAAAGUGUUCGACAUGAAUGAUGAUGGAUUCAUCUCAAGCGAAGAGCUACAAAGCACCUUGUCAAGAUUAGGGCUAUGGAAUGAUGAUUCUGGCCAGAGGAGUUGUAGGAGCAUGAUUGAAUUUUAUGAUACAAAUAAUGACGGAGUGCUUGAUUUUGAGGAGUUUAAAAAUAUGUUGUUAUUGCCAAAGUCAUUUGACCCGACUGGUACCUAG